AUGAAUAACCACUCCUCUCCUUAUCGUCAUACCGAUUUGCUUUAUACCCAGGAAAGCUUUGCCCGGUAUCAACCGGGCGGUUACCAUCCCGUCAGUCUUGGCGAUACCUUCAAAGACGGCCGCUAUGAAGUACACCAUAAGCUAGGAUGGGGAGGAUAUUCAACUGUUUGGCUUGUACGUGAUCUAGAAAGGCAAGAUCAAUGGGCUUCCUUGAAAAUCAUGGCAGCAGACCGCUCAGUAGAAUCCUGCGAACUCAACAAUCUUCGACGGUUGGAGAAGCAUUCCCAGGGAUCUCUGUCGUCAAAAUAUAUUGUUCAGUUCCUGGAUACAUCUUUCCAUCAGGGUCCUAAUGGUCCUGAGGAACGACUUGGGACUGAGACUAUUCUUCGAAUAUCGAAACAGCUUCUGGAAGGUAUUGCUUUUAUUCAUGAUGCGGGGAUGGGUCACGGUGAUAUAAGUGGCGCAAAUAUCGCCUUCAGUGGUAGCCGUUUAUCAAAAGCAUCUAAGGAAGAAAUCUUUGAAGUUUUAGGGACUCCAGAGAUUGACCGAUUGAGUCGUACUGAUGGCCAGCCGUUGGAAAAAGGCGUGCCGAGACACUUAGUGAAGGUAGCUAAUUGGAUGGAGUGGAUUGAUGAGGAUGAUGAGGAUAUUCGGAUAUUAGAUUUAGGGGAAAAGCCUAUCAAACUUGCCCAGCCAGGGCCACUACGCGUACCUGAGACGAUAUUCACGGAAUGCUUUGAUUAUAAAGUCGAUUUAUGGCGUGCAGGCUGCAUGCUCUAUAUGUUUAUUUUCAAAACAUAUCCGUUUCAUUACUGGGGCAAGAUGAGUGCCUGCAGUGCCCAGAUGAUAGGCUUUAUAGAGAAAUUGCCAAUAGAAUGGCAGCCCGUGUGGCAGCACAUGCGAUCAGACUCUAAGUUCGCUAUGCAGGUGGAUGAAACUUGUAACGCAUCCAAACUGGAUGAAAUAUUCUACACAAAUGUGUCUGAUCCAGCUCUUGCACCCCUUCUCCCCGUGAUCAAAGGAUUGUUGAGAUUCAUGCCAUCUGACCGUAUGGAGGCUUCCAAGGCACUUGACCUACUGCAGUCCAUGACAUCAGGGGGUACCUAG